ACGAUGAUGGGGCUGCACGUAAAGGGAUCGGUCGUUUUGUCUGUUGCAAGGCUUAGAUUUAGAUGCGAGUUAUCCAAGCUUUCAGGUUUUAAACACGCGACAUCUCCAUGUAACGUACCAACAAAAUAAUAUCUGGCAUUGCAAGCAAAAACAUGAAGCCCCGCUAUGUUUCUGUGGUUUUGCUUCUGAUCACCACUUGUUGUUUAGAAGCAGAAGCAAAUUUGGGGAAGAAGUCAGUGAAUUCCUUCCCACCUGAAGCAUUGCUUUCCACUGGUCACUAUCACACAACAUGCCCUGACGCUGAAGCCAUUAUCAACCAGAAGGUCACAGCUUGGUUUAAAAAGGACCCCACCUUGGCUCCCGCCAUCAUUCCCCUUCAUUUCCAUGACUGUGCCGUUAGGGGAUGCGAUGCAUCGAUUCUGCUCAACCAUACAAACGGUGAGAGGGCAACUCAUGAGAGCAGGACCCUAAGAGGAUUUCAAGUGAUAGAUGAUAUCAAAGCAGAAGUAGAGAGAAAAUGCCCUAAAACUGUGUCUUGUGCAGACAUUCUCACUGCUGCUGCAAGGGAUGCCACCAUUUUAGCAGGAGGGCCAUUCUGGGAAGUCCCAUUUGGCCGUAAAGAUGGCAGAAUCUCCAUAGCCAGAGAAGCCAGCUUGGUCCCUCAAGGCCAUGAAAACAUCACAGCCCUUCUUCACUUCUUCCAAGAGUUAGGCCUAGACAUACUUGACUUGGUCUCUCUCUCUGGUUCCCACACUAUAGGAAGAAGCACAUGCAACUCCUUCAUGAAUAGGGUUUAUAACUUCAAUGGGACUGGAAAACCUGACCCUUCAUUGAACGUAUAUUACCUGAAAAUGCUUAAGAGAAGAUGCAAAAGAGAGACAGAUUUGGUGCACCUGGAUGCCAUAACUCCAAGGACUUUUGACAAUGUUUACUACACAAAUCUUUUGAGGAAGGUGGGUUUGUUGUCGACAGAUCAGUUAUUGUAUUCAGAUUCAAGGACUGGUCCUUUUGUUCAAGCAUUUGCAACCCAACCUUUCCUUUUCAGUAGCCAGUUUGCAGCUUCCAUGGUGAAGCUUGGGAAUGUUCAUGUUUUAACCAGGCCACAUGAAGGUGAAAUCAGAACCAACUGCAACUAUGUCAAUCCUGUUUGAUAAAAUUGUCUACCUAUGAAUUUAUGAAGAGCUAAAUUCAUCUAUUUUAACAUUUGGGAUAUUACUUGGAGUUAUUUUUUAAAAUCAUUCUGUAUUGGAGUUUUGCGAAGAAUUAAUGAGUCAUUGUGUAGAUGUUUGUUUCAACUUCAUGAAAUUUGAUGUGAGCGUAGUUUGUGAUUAUAAUGAAGUGAAAUAGUCAAACUAUGGGCUAAUUUAUAUGCAA